ACAGUAUAAAACCGGGCUGCCAGAACUCGUCCGCUCAGCCCUAGUUUUUAGAGGGAAAAUGUGUCGUUUUCGUUCGCUGUUUUUCACCGGGAUUGCUUUCGAUUCUUAUCUAUUAACAGUGCCGCCUGAAGAUUUUCAUUUGAAGAGACAUUUCACGAAAAACUGGUCUUCCGUUGGCUGAUUUUUGUUGAACGUGUUUAUUCCUUUUUUUUCCCUAAUCGAAGAUGCCAAGGUCCAAGAAGAGGAGAGGUUUAAGCGUAUUAAAAUAACGGUAUGUACCUAGCUGAACUGAAGUUGACUCUCACUUGGACAGCUCAACGCAUUUCAGUGUGGCUAGGGGCCCAGCAGAGAGCUGUGCAGCCCUUCAGUGACGAGGACGUCUCCAUAGAAACGCUCAGCCACUGCAGCAGUUUCAGCGACUCGGCCAGCCUGACAGAGGAAGGAGGGGAUGGGGCCGAGGACGGAGCCCUGGUGGACUACGAGUACAAGCUGAAGGGUUUCAUCGACAGCACCGUGGACAAGAGUGCAAAAACUCGACAGGGCGCCCUGGACGGGCUAAAGACUGCCAUGGCAACGAAGAUCCUGUACGAGUUUAUCACGGACAGGAGGAUGACCAUGACUGACAGCAUCGAACGCUGCCUGAAGAAAGGUAAAGGAGAGGAGCAGGCAGCGGCCGCCUCCCUGGCCUGUCUCCUCUGCCUGCAGCUCGGCUCCGGCAUGGAGAGUGAGGAGGUAUUCAAGACCCUCAAGCCCGUCUUCAAGAGCAUCCUCAACGACGGCACCGCCAACAUCCAGGCCCGGCAGGCGUGCGCGACGAGUCUCGGCGUUUGCAGCCUGGUUGCAGAGGACGACAUUCUGGACGUGUACAGCACCAUGGACUGUUUCGAGAGCCUCUUCUCCCGCUCGUACUCCCGGCCGGACGGCACGCGGGCGACCUUCAGCCCCCAGGUCACCCUGCUGCACCAACACGCCCUGCAGGCCUGGGCCCUGCUGCUCACCAUCUGCCCCUCAGCCCAGCUCCAGAGCCUGCUGCACAGGCACCUGUCGAGGCUGCCCAGCCUGCUGGAGUGUGAGGAAGUGAACAUGAGGAUCGCCGCGGGGGAGACCGUGGCCCUCCUGUUUGAGCUGGCCAGGGACCUGGACUCUGAGUUUGAGUAUGAGGGUCUGGAUCCGCUAUGCACCAAGCUCAGCUCUCUGGCCACCGACUGCAACAAGCACCGGGCCAAGAACGACAAGAGGAAGCAGAGAUCUGUGUUCAGAGACGUCCUGCGCGCCGUGGAGGAGGGAGACUUCCAGACGGAGACGAUCCGCUUCGGCACGGAGCGCAUGAGCAUCGACAGCUGGGUGAGGAAGAGGACGUACGAGGCCUUCCGCGGGUUUGUGGGCUCCGGCAUGAACUACCAUCUGCAGGCGAAUGAGUUCAUCCGCAACGUCUUCCGGCUGGGCCCCCCGGUGAUGAUCGAUUCGGCCACCCUGAAGGCCAUGAAGAUCCCCCGCUUUGAGAGGCACCUCUAUAACACUGCUGCCUUCAAAGCUCGCACCAAGGCCAGGAACAAAGUCCGGGACAAAAGAGUGGACAUCGGCGAAUUCUAGACACUUAUUCGCAUCCAGUUUUUCUUUUUACUGUUAUUAUUUUUAUAUACGGUUAAACCGAAAUGUAAAUUAGCACCGUUAUCUGUGUAUAUAUUUUGACUGAUUUGAGUAACUGUACACUUUUGGUAAAAUUUGAAGUUGCACUGUAUCAUUUCAAACCUGCAUGCUGUGUCUUGUAUGUUCAGCUGUACAUUGUAUGUGAGACUAUACUGGGUACAUGUACAGAGUGGCAGACUGACUGUUCAACCCACAAAUAGUGGUCGGAGAAUAAUCUUCUGUACCUUAAAGUGGGUAAAGCUAAUAUGUGCCAUAAACAAAUUGCUUUUUUUAACUAAUCAUAGUGUUGUGUUGUAGAGGAGACCGAUCUGAUUGGUUACUGUGAAGGACAGUAUACCACUGCUCCACCCCUUUGGGGUCAAUGGAGCUACCAUUACUCUUUGGUGACAUCUAGUGGCAGAACAUUGUUACUACGCCCCAGUGACACUUGGUGCUAUUUCGAUGGUGAGACGUACCGGGGUUGAGGGUAAUAAAGUUGGCCAUUGAA